GCGUCCAUAUAAGCUUAGAAGCGCCCUUGCCCGGACAAGCCAAAUGGAAUCAUCAGACCGAGGAGGACGUACUCUCACCUGACGCAUCAAUUUCUGAACCCAAAUAAAAACCCUUAAAGGAAUAUAACACGCGUUUGAAUGGAUCUGGGCUGUUUCACGGCGGCGCAGCGUCUUUCGUGCCACACCAUGAAUGCGGAAUUAUUUAAACCCGCUUCCGAGCGUGGAACCCCGCAGCAGCAAGCUUCAGCUCCGGCGUCGAAAACCGGCAGGAAUAAAUCGGAACAAGGCAAACCGGAGCUGGCACAGGUGGUGACUGACUCCAGGACGGGACGGUCUUACAGUAAAGGGAAGCUUUUGGGAAAGGGUGGUUUUGCUCGAUGCUAUGAGAUGACGGACCUAACGACAAAUAAAAUGUUUGCGGUGAAGGUGAUUCCACAGAGCCGGGUGUCCAAGCCGCACCAGAGGGAAAAGAUCACCAACGAGAUUGAGCUGCACAAAACCCUGUCGCACAAGCACGUGGUCAAGUUCUCCCAUCAUUUUGAAGACCAGGACAAUAUCUAUAUAUUCCUUGAGCUGUGUAGUCGCAAGUCCCUCGCACAUAUUUGGAAAGCGAGACACACGCUAACUGAACCCGAAGUACGGUAUUACCUCCGACAGAUCAUAUCAGGCCUCAAGUACCUCCACAGCCGUGGUAUCCUGCACAGAGAUCUCAAACUAGGCAACUUCUUUGUGAAUGAAAACAUGGAGCUCCGACUGGGGGACUUUGGCCUUGCUGCCAAGCUGGAGACAGUCGAGCAGAGGAAAAAAACCAUAUGCGGGACGCCCAACUACUUGGCCCCUGAGGUGCUCAACAGGCAGGGCCAUGGCACCGAGUCCGACGUUUGGGCCCUUGGUUGUGUUAUGUACACGCUGAUGUGCGGCAACCCCCCUUUUGAGACUCUUGACCUCAAAGAGACCUACAAGUGUAUAAAGGAAGUGCGGUACAACCUGCCUUCCGCGCUCUCGCCUACCGCGCAGAAACUCAUCUCGAGCAUCCUGCAGAAAAACCCAAGUGACAGACUCACCUUGGAUCAAAUACUCAACCAUGAAUUCUUCACCAAAGGUUUUACUCCAGAUAAACUCCCCCCCAGCAGCUGUUUGACUGUCCCUGAGCUCCAUCCUCCCAGCCCCGCUAAGAAAUUCUUCACCAAAAUGGCCAAGAGCCUCUUUGGCAAGAAGAAAGCAAAGGUGGAAAAGACUCUGUGUGAGGACAAGGAAGACAAGGACAUUUCCAAGCUGGUUUCUGGCAUCGUCAAGUGCUCGAUUAGCCGACAGAUCAGCUACAAAACAGUGGGACCAAAUGAGGUACCCUCACCCAACAGUCAGCUGGUCAGCUCAGUGCCUCUGGAGCAGACACCUGCUGAGGAAGAAUCCAGGAAGUCUAUCUCGCGCUCCUUCAAGGGAACAAUGGCUAGCAGCUCUGAACCGUGUGAAGAUGUCCUCACUCCUGCUGCCGUGUCUGAAUGUGCCAUGAAGGUCCUUAAUGGCUGCUUGGCUACUAUGCCUGCAGCUGCCAAAAAUCCACCAUGCCUGUCCAGGCCACAGUCCUUCCUGUGGGUGACUAAAUGGGUGGACUAUUCCAACAAAUAUGGCUUUGGCUACCAGCUGUCAGACCAAAGCAUUGGCGUGCUCUUCAACGAGGGAACACACCUCAGCCUCUGUGACCAACGCAAGACUGUCCACUACUGCUUGACCAACAAGAAGCACUUUAGUUUCCCUGCCAGCUCUCUACCGGAGCAGCUUCGCAGCCAGAAACAAAUAGUAGAGCUCAUGGCCAACUACAUGGAACAAAAUCUCAUGGAGGGUGGAGACCUCCACUGUAAAGAUGAAGUUCCAGGUCCUCCUCCUCUGCUGCUGCAAUGGGUGAAGACUGACCACGCGCUUGUAAUGCUCUUCAACAAUGGCACACUGCAGGUGAACUUCUACACAGACCACACCAAGAUCAUCCUGUGCAAGUCUUCUGACUCCUACCUGCUGACUUACAUCAGCCGCGAGCGCGUCUCCUACACGUACCUCCUCAGCAUGCUGAGCGAGACCGGCUGCACCUCGGAGCUGCGACACCGCCUCCGAUACGUGGUCCAUCUUUUGCAACACCACGCCGACGCCUGAGUGCCAUGACGCCCGGUGCAUCCCCCAAUCCCGCCCCAUCCUCACCUUCUUCCGAGCUGCCUGAGUGUCCCACCCCCCCUCACGCCUUAGAGGCUCAUUGAAUGGCUAACUGAUGUCCGAGAGGCUCAAUGACUGGCUUGACCGUCUUUCGUUUCAUUGGUUGACUCUUUGCAGUGCCAAAAAAAAAACGAGCCCACUUCAGUUUCACUUUCCGGAGCAAUAUUGCCAUCUGGACCCGGUGCUGAUGCAGCUGAUGAUCCCGUUGAUUUGAUCAAGCGGGCAGGAAGUUGCCAGAUGACGCAUUUAGCCUCAAGGCUUUGUGCCUGUCCAGCAUUUGCCUCAAAGGUGCUCUUUAAGGACAUGAUGAUGGAUCCCCUCACAUGUAGAUGCCUAAAAACAAAACCCACACAUGCCACCUAGCAACGACUCCCUCACUGCUUCUUGGUUUUAUGGUGCCAAUCAAGCCCUGCUGCUUUCAGCUUCUUCUCGUAGAUUCUAUUAGUGCCAGGUGUGGUGUCUCUAGUGUAACAAAAACACUUUAAAUUGCAGCUGACAUUUAAUCUAGCAGCGUUCCGUUGUGGCCGCAAGGUCACCAGUCGGGUUGAACAGGUUGGGUGACUUUAGAGCACAGAACAUUUUAGAGAAAGUUUGAUUGAACAGACGGACUCCUCGACCCUCCUGACCUCUGGUCAUCGGUGCACCCGUUCAUUCUUUUUUUUUUUUUUUUUUUUU